AUGGAUAACCGAACAUACAUCAAAACUUUCCAGAUUUUGGCAUUUGUCAACUCUACAGAGAGCUAUAGUCUUCUCUUUCUUGUCUUUUUUAUUAUUUAUACCACUGGUGUGCUUGGUAAUUUAAUCAUCAUUUCAGCUGUGAUUCUUGAUAUCCGACUACAUAUUCCUAUGUACAUUUUCCUCUGUCAUUUGUCUUUAAUAGACAUUAUUUUUACGUCUUCCAUUCUUCCUAAACUGAUGGACAUCUUGCUGUCUGGGAAUAACUUAAUCACAUUCUGGCAGUGUUUCACCCAAUUGUACUUCUUUAUGUUUGCUGCCGGCACAGAAGACAUUCUGCUAUCUUGUAUGGCUUAUGAUCGAUACGUCGCCAUCUGUAAGCCUCUACACUAUCACCUUAUAAUGAAGAAGAAAAAGUAUAUUUUUCUUUUGCUGGGCACCUUUGCAUCUGGCUCCCUAAAUUCCAUAUUUAUGACCCUCUCAAUUUACCAGUUUGACUUUUGCCAUUCUAACGUAAUUCACAAUUUCUUCUGCGACAUUAAAGCCCUGGAGAAGAUAUCAUGCAAUUACGCGGGAUUCCACAUCAUUCUCAUUAUAGAAACCCUACUGUUGGCAUUCUGCCCGUUUAUGCUUAGUGUAACAUCUUACGUAAAAAUAGUCCAAACUGUUCUAUCUAUCAAGUCAACGCAUGGUAGAAGGAAGGCCUUCUCCACCUGUACAUCCCACCUUACCGUAUUAAUGAUUUUUUAUGGCACAGGUGUUUUCAUGUAUCUAAAUCCUCCUGAGGAACAAGACCUGGUGUUCUCUGUAUUAUACACCGCGGUCACUCCUAUGCUGAACCCUCUGAUAUAUAGCUUAAGGAAUAAAGAAGUCAAAGGUGCCUUGAAGAGAAUUAUUGGUGUUAGAUAA